AGCUGUUCCAAGCGAGGGAGCCGGGUCUUAAGUAGAUGGCACUGCAGCCAUGCGCGCCCACGGCCCAGGCUCGAUGGGCGCGGACAGUUGAGCCGCGCCAGACGCUCCAGGCGCGCCAGGCGCGGCCGGAGCCGGAGCCGGCGCUGGCGCUUGGCCGCGGAAGCCCGGCGGCCACCUUGGCGCAGGCUGCCAUCCUUAGCGCGCUGUGCAGGAGACGCAUGGCCCCUGCGCGGCACAGCAGUCGUGCAGAAGUGGUUUGGCCUGACACCGUGGGCGGCUACGCGGUGCGGCCGGUGCUGGCGUCCUUGCCGGGCUUGGGCGACAUUGGCGCCCUUGUGGUGGACGAGAACGCGGAUGCCGACUCCAUCGAGGAUGUCCCAGAGUGGGUACCAGCAGAGUGGCUGAGUCCGGUCAUGGGAGAUGACACCGUCUCCGACGUCUACGGAGCCAUUGGCGUGUGGCCCGCUGCCUUCGUUGCAGCCCAGGAACUGAUGCGCUUUGCCGAGUCGUCUGACGAGGCCUGGAGCUGCUUGGAGUUGGGCUGCGGCGCCGGCUUCCCGUCACUCGUUGCGGCGCGCUUGGGUGCCACGGUCUACGCCUUGGACACCGAGCAACUGACGCUGGAUCUUCUACAAGAAGCCUUCAACCGGCAGUGCGCCGGCAAGCUCACCACAGUACUGGGGGACGCCUGCGACCUGCAGGACGAGCUGCUGGAGUCUGUGUCCGUGGUGAUCAUCAGCGACUUGCUGUACAGCGUGCAGCUGGGACGCUCUUUGGGUACGCGCUUGGGCCGAUGGCUCCGCGAGGCGCCGGGCCGCGGGCUCCUGCUGACGGACGGCGGCCGCUCCGGGCGCGCCGCCUUUCUGGAGGCCUUUGACGAGGCCUAUAAGAAGGCCUUCUUCGAGGAUGUGCCGGUUCCUCCCUGGGCCGCGCAGCGUGCGGACUUCUUUGAUGGCAACCACACCACCUCCGUGGGCCUCUUGAGGUACUGAAGCAUUGGCGGCUACUCGAUCUUGCUCCACUACUCGGCUCGCGUCACGCCGCAAUGGCCUUCCACCCGAAGAUGCAUCAAGCGAUCUCGAAGGAAUGUUCGGGUACACCCCCGGGUACCGGCCUUUUUC